CUGACCUUGAUUUGUUUGUCUUGGUAAAGCAGUUAUUUUUAAGACUUCAUUUACGUUUUGGCCGACAUGGAUGAGUAUCGAGUUUCUGUGACCUUCUGUGUCACCUCAAGUCUGUGAAAGCACAACAUUGGUGCCAUAUGACUUUUACGGAGUCUUCAAAACCGCAGUUCUCCAAGAAUAACUAAUUCCUUGGCAAUGGAUUCUCCUUUCUCUCUUGUUCUCCUGGCGAUCGUUUUACGUAAGUACUUCAAGCUGUUCAGAAUUUUACUUCGUUUUGAGUGUGACGUGACUUAAACUUGCACCGUUCUCAGAGUAUAAAAGUUCCUUCAGUCUGACAUAAUUUCCAAUCUGCUGAGACCGGUUAGAAGCCAUUCUUUGUCGCUCAACCGAGACCCGUUUCAUUGUUGCGAGUAACCGCACACUUUGCGCUGCCUAGUUAAGCUAAUGUUCUUGGUAUUUUCGUGGGCAAACAAAGGAUUUAGACACAACGACGCACUAAUUUCGUUUCAAUGCCCGGCUGUCUUUGAAUAUGAAGACAGAACAGAGAAACCAGUGUGUUGUCAGCUUCCUUUUUAAACCGAACUCAAGUGUCACUUCUCAGUCAAACCAAGGCGAGCAUUUUCUCGAGUUCGGCUGGGGCAUUUGUGAUAUGAUGUAACUCGCCUCGUGAUUGAACAAGUUGUAUCCUCCUAGUCGUUCAUAGCUUAUGUGAUAAUUUGUGGUCUACAAAUGUUUCAAAGGGAUUCGAGACAGGAAACAACGCAGAUUAUUAGCUCAUUUCCCCCAAAGUGGCUCACUUGCGUGCGAUCGCCGAACGUAUAAACAAAUACAGCCUCUCAACAAAAUAAAAUUGGCAAGAAUGAAGUACACUGAAAGUCACUGGUUAAAACAUAUUUUUUACUUUGGGGAAUGUUUCCGCCAUGCCAUGAACAGUAUCAAAAAAUAUCGAUAAUAUUCACCCUUUCUUCGUGGAUGUUUGAGGUUUGUAAGGCACUUUUAAAGGUUAAAUGUAGUCAUUCCUCUGUAAUAGUCUAAAGACAGUCGAGACUCCACUUACUUUAAAUUCUGUCAGACUUGACUCAUGGUUUAUUAAAUUUACGUCAAAAAGUCAAAGAAAUGUUUUAAACUGACGUUAAUAUCUCUAACCUUUUGUUAAAAUAAGCCAAAUAAACUUUAAUAGGAAUCACUCUGCCGUUUCUACAAAAAAACUUGAUCUAGCGCCGGUGAACGGACAGAAAUAUUAUUCUGUAGCAUUGGCCGAUCCAAGCUGCAAAUUAUUUUCAUAUGUUUUUCAAUCUAACUCGUUUUAAAACAAUAAAACAGGUUUACCAGUUGAAAUCGUACUGUUUUGAUGACAUUCGUCGUGUAAGUAGAAUCCAAAUUGCUCUUUGUUCCAGUCAAAUUUUGGCCUUUUUGGCGCCUAAACAUUAGGUGGUGUCAACAGGAAUCAUUGAGCUAUUUAUCAUCAUAUUCAUCUCAAAGUUAAGUCGUUAAAUGUUUUAUUCUAAUCCUGAUGAAAUUUUUGACUCAAUAAUGAAUUAAAUGGAGUGGUUAUCUCAUUAUUGAGAGGCAAACUUGAUGAUGCUAUUAAUUAAAUCGUGGACCUGUGCUAAGUGGCACUGUUAUUAAUCAAUGAUCCAUCAAAAUCUCCAAGCCGGCUUCAGGUUACGCGUUGGCUUAAGUCCAAGGGGUGGAGGGGUAGGGAUCCAAACCCAGAAAUUGUCUCUCUAUUUUCCCGAUCACACAGGAUAUGGUAUUUCUUAAAACGAGAACGGUCUGGCUGAAGAAUAAAAUGGUCCUCAGGACCCUUUCAUCGAAAGUUUCGGUAGGUCUACGGAUCCGAACCAAAUCUUAGGAUCUUAAAGUAAGGAAUGCUACAACGUUGUUGUUGUUGUUGUUUUGUUUUUGUCCUUUUUUUGGGGGGGGGGUAAACCUGUAACUACCAGCGCUUUUGAGAAACGGGGCCUUUGAUCACCAAAUUACUCGCUGACAUCGCUGGGGAAUAAAGGAGGGACUGGGGAGUUCAGAUUCCCCCCCCCCCCUCUUCCAAUCAAACCUUAGAUUUUUUUACUUGUCUGAAUCUGAAGUUCUUCAAACAACAGAUUGCAUAAUACUCUUUAACUUUAAGCAUUGAAGAUUAACUUCCCUUGGAUCUGGUGAAAAAAAGAAAAAAAGAUAAGAGAAAUUUGUUAUUCUGAAUAAAAGUUUGGAAUGGUGAAAAAUUGCUUUUCUUUUGCGGUGUGCUCAUUUUGUGGUGUAAGUUUUUUCAAAACAUUGAACUGGGGAAUGACGACCUCUUUUAUCAUUCAGAUAAAAAUGUAACCACUUUAACUAUAGAAAUACACUCAAACUAACAUUUACAAAAAUUAGAAUAUCAUCGAUUUCUUUUUCAUGAUGUAAUUUCCAAGCAAGAGGUAGUGAACUGAGCUCAUGGUCUCUGGUUCCAAGUUCGUAAUCUUACUAGGACUCUUUUUCUUAACAAAUUUCUCUCAUAUUUUCAGUGAAGAAGAGUACUGAAGGCUGCUCGCCGAACCGCACAACGGACGAGAAUGAUAGAAUUGAGAUCAGUGAACAGAGAGGUGAGCUUUCGAGCCCAGGAUAUCCUGAUCCCUUCAUGGACGACAUCCAAUGCACUUGGUACAUUUCCGUCAAGAAGAGACACUCUAUCAAUCUUGAAUUUGAGUUCUUUGAUCUGGGAGAUUCCCCUCCGUGUUUAGCCAAUCAGGAGGUUCCUUAUUUAGAGGUGCGUGACGGAGUCCACCGUGACAGUAAGCGGCUCGGUUUGUUCUGUGGCCACGCAACACCUGAAAAGAUCUCUACCACUAGCAACGAAAUGUGGGUGAGAUUUAAGGCAAACCCGUACAGAUCUGUGAAGUUCAAAGCGAAAUAUAUAGCUGUUAAAGGUAAGUCUAGUUUAUACAGCAGGUGUUGUCCUAGAAGAGAUGGGAAUAAAUUCCCAUUCUUGACGCAAAGGGUAACUUAGUUCAGACCACAGUUGUAGUUUCAAAAGUGUGUUAUAAUUGAAGAGGUCAUAAAUGUCUUUGGGAAAUGAAAGCGCUGUUUCAAUUAUGGAUACUUCAAAGGUGGACCUCCACCUCUCCGGAUGUUGUUAUAAGAGCUUUGCUUGUGCUCCCUUCAGCAUUACAGCAUUACAAACGAAAGCUGCGUUGAAUAACCAUCAAAGGAAUAAGCCAUUUUACAAUUGUGUACUUAAUUGCCAAGCCUUUGAUUUGGAGUGAGGCUAAAGGUGACCAUGUCGUGAUAGAGAUCAGUAUCUAAUAAGCAUGAUAAAAAAGUAAUUUACAUCUGAAAAGCAACAAGGUUUGUAUCAUAACAAGGUCACCCUUAACCUCACUCCUGUUCAAAGGCUUGGCAACCAAGCACGCAGUAAAAUGGACUAUUAUUACACUGCUGUCGGGCUCUUGACUGUCGUACGCGCUGGGAUACUGUUCUGCGCAUUGAAGGAGUAAAAACAAGAAACCAUAAAAAUUUCAUCUUCGUCAUGACAAAUUUGUAAUGCACUGGCGUUGCGAGUGAUCGAAAACUGAAGAUUCCAGCCCAGUAAUACAACAAGUUAAAUUUCAUUACGGAGUCGUGCGCCCGGCAAAAGGUGCCCAACGCGCCUAUGGAACUGUGCAUAUAUAGUGAGACAUGACAAAAAUAUCCUGAAAAUUAUGUCACUAAACGUGUUUUCGUUUUCCAAUGAUAAACUAAACCUCCUGGAAAUCGUUUUUAAAUUUGCUAAACAUUCGACUAUGAAAGUCGCCAUUUUGAGAUCCUGCUUCGCAGCCUGGCCACUUACCUUUGACGUCACACGGAGAGAUAAAAUUUGUAUGGUUUCUGGAGUAUAAUUCACCUUUGAAUCUUAUUGUUAAUGCUGCUUCGUGCUUUGAUUAAGUUCCUAAUACCCCCAUAAUAUUGAUUUCAGAGCCUUUUGUCACCAUUUGCAUGAUUUGUAGUCGAAGAGGCCAGACGACUCGCUAAGUCAAGUCAAAGUUUUACAACGAGGAAACAUUUCGUAUUUACUGAUUUAUUUCUGUUUGUUUUUCUAACUCAGACUCUCCUCCUUUGAUACUGGUCAUCACAGGUGUGUCAACUAUGCUUGGUUUGAUGAUGAUUUUGUUAAUAUUAACUCUUUACCUUAAACGAAAACAAAGAAAUUCGGACGAAGAAAAUACUUUGACACCUGGCUGUGAAAACCAAGAAAACGAGCAGAACUGCACAGGUGGCACGGCUUCCUCAUCCGGGGAACACAUAGACCUUCAGUUCUCUCCUGUAAUGGAGAAUUCAGACACACGUAAGGAGUCAUUAUCAGAGCAGGAAUUGCUCACAUCGCAAUGGACGUCGUGUGACAGAAACGAGAGGAAACAGUCGCAGUCACACGGCACUUUUUCGCGGGAAAAUCUCACGCCUGUUGCGGAGUAAACGAUAAAGCGGACCAAUUAAAAAUCACCAAUAACAAAUUACGGUCGGCUUUCCAAUGCCACAAGUAGGUUAAAAAAUUUAGGAUUAUAUAUCUUGCAAGCAAUUAGUAAUACGCUCAGUUAGUGGGUUCAGGAGCACAAAUCUUUCCCAUCCAAACAACGCUUAAUUUCUUCUGGCUGGAGCGCAAAGAACACUCAUAAAGACUUUCUUGAUUAUGGUUAAUGCAAACGAUCUCGUACAAAGGAAUAUCGUUCUUCGAUGCAGAUAACGAUUGAGACAUUUUAAAAUCUGUCUGCACCAAAAUACCGCGCGCUUAUCUUGAAUCAAACAGGAGGUGUGAACUGCCAAAACCAGUAUUUGAAACUGAGGGAAAAUUUUCCCCUCAAAAUAACUCGCACUCAUAAAAGGACUGGCUUACCCUGAAACGACAAAUGAGUACAUUUGUAGUUUGAAUAACCUGAAAUUGGUUGCAUAUUUUGUUGUAAAUAUUUUCUGUAAAUAUAUAUGAUACGGGAGUCGCACUAUCCAAAGCGGCUCGCAGAUAGUUGCAU